AUGGCUAGCACUCAGGCGCCCACUGCCAGCGGAAGCAGAGUGGCCCCAAUUUCUCAAGAUCACGAAAGUGACUCGGAAUACGAAUAUGAAUAUUCCACAACAGAGACAGAGACAUACUACGUAACUCUGGACCUCUCCAAGGCCGACUUUGUCGCGCGUCAGCCCUCUUCUCUUCCUAGCGGUCGCGGGAACUACAAGGAGAGAGCUUUUACCGAUAUUUACGCCAAGGACAGAGAUGAAAUUGUCGACACGUGCAAGCAGAAGCCCAAAAAAGUUCAUCCUGAACAGGCUGUAACUGCCGGCGAGCACGCACUAGAGCAAGGAAAGGCCCAGCAGAAGCAGGAUCCUGCAGACCAAACCAUCGACCUCAACGAGUUCCAGAUUUUAGAGCUGCACUCGGAAACGCCUUUGAUUGCAUACCGCGGCCGCGUCUAUGAAGGCCACUGGGCCCGCAAUAUUGGCACGGAGCUCCUGUUUGCCAAGCGCGACGAGAGCAACCCGUUGCCAGCCAUUCGACAGCUCGGCAAAGGCGUCGACUUGCUUGCAGCCAGCUCGGCACGCAUCAUGCUGACGGAGAAGAACGUCAGACCCCGGGAUGGCAAGGUCCAAAGAACGCUUAAAGACCGCUACGAGAAUGGAGAAUUUUCCGACCCAGACGAUGAAACCGUGCCAGCCGUGCCUGAUCCAGAGCCUGGAGCUUCGGCAGAGAGAUACGAGCAGGGCGAUUUCCUGUCCAGGUUCAUUGCACUCAAGAAGCGCAAGGGUGAAACUGAUGAAGUCACCGUCAUUGCUCGUCUUCACGAGGAAGGAAAGAAGAAGUCUGGGGCUAAGAAACCAAAGGAACCGAGGAAGCCAAAGCAACCAAAGCAGCCCAGCUCUACCCGUGGUCGCGGUCGCGGUCGCGGGAGAGGCUCAAGGGGUGGUAGAGGCACCGGUAGAGGCGGUACACAGUCUCGAAAUGCCGACAUUGCUGACGAUGAUUCAAUGAUAUCGGAACCGUCCAAUCUAGUCUCAACCCCAAUGGAUACUGAGUAUGUCCGACCGAGUACCCGUCGACAACGGGCUUUAUCUUCUAAGAAUCAGGACAAGCCGGAAGAUGUGGAUAUGGAUGAUGCCGAGGAAUGA